AUGGGACAUUGCAGCGAGGCUUCGCAUCAGGUAAUACCACCUAGUUGUGAUAAAACCUGUCCUAAGCUUCGCCCUGUCCAAGAGAGGGAUGCCCGGGUGGGUAGACCGAACGAUAAGGGAACGGACUUGUCGAGCCGUGACCGGAAGCGCGUACCGUCCGAACUGAACUUAGUACUAAACGCAAAGAGAACAAUUGCUUCCUUCCUUAACGGAGUCAAAGAGCGUAUUCGUACCAUCCUGUUAAACAGUCGUGAUGCGGUGAAGCGGUGCGGCUCGGCAUGCCUUUCUAAUAGGGUGGUUUCGUUCGGUUGGUCCCGGUUGCCCGUCCUAGCUUUACGACGACUCCGCCCCCACUUCGAACAGCGAAGAAGGAAUAAAUAUAGGCUCGAUGCGAAUCAGUUUCACCGAAGUAGGCAUAGCGCCCAAAAGGAUGUUCAAGUAAAAGGAAGCCGGCCUCGAAGAACGAGCCUUAGUGCAAGCGGGGAUAUAGCAAGUAAGCAGCAAGGACCGAAACAAGCUCGCGACUCUAAUAUCAAGAAAGGAACGAAGAUUUGCUCGGAGCUGCUCACACUUGCCUGGUAUCUUCUCUUUGCGCGGGGGCAGGAGUGGUCUGAGAGAGCGCUUCGCGAAAGAAUCGUGUGGCGCGAGCGUUGGUUAGCCACUCCAGCACUUGUGGAAGAGAGGGCUGAGUUGAUAUGCCAUGAUUGUGCUGCUCCUGUGAAGGCUAGUGGGAAAGCUCACCUUUCCGGCUUGAACCCUGGCAGGCCGAUCUCAGUUCCGUUAGUAGUUAAAGAAUAUAAGAGCGGGACUUUUGUGAAACUUAUUGGAGCUGCACUUCCUCGGUUCGCGAAUGAAAGGGUUAAAAUUCCACCCGAUCAGGAUGGAUUUGGAAAAUGGUCGGUUAGAGGCUGCUCGUUUUGGGCUUUGCUCGAGGUGGUGGUCACAAAAAAGGGGGUCACUCAAGUGUACGGCAUUCUUUGUCCGUCCAGAUCGCGGUACAUGUUCGGACUGCUCUGGAUUGUAGAGGAACACUGGCUAGGAACUGGGCUGCACUAA